CACACUUAAUAUCCAACCUCAAUAUAUAAGCUUAGCAAUCCUUAUUAGCUUUUCUUUCAACAAAAAUGGCUCAAAUCCAAUCAAAAAUAGCUAUCAUUGGUGCCGGGAUAAGCGGCAUAGCCGCCGCAAAACAGCUCGCCAAGCACGAGCCGGUGGUGUUCGAGGCCACCGACUCGAUCGGAGGUGUGUGGAAACACGCCUCUUUUAGCUCCACAAAGCUUCAAACCCCUCGUUGUGAUUAUGAAUUUUCCGAUUUUCCUUGGCCGGAUAGAGAUGACUCUAGUUUUCCUUCUCAUGUUGAGAUUAUUGACUAUUUAUAUUCUUAUGCUUCUCACUUUGAUGUCCUUAAGUUUGUUAAGUUUCGUUCUAAGGUCGUUGAGCUUCGCUAUCUCGGAGGUGAAAAUCACCUCCGUGAUAGACCAGCUGAGUAUGGGAGGUUGUUGGCUGGCCACCCCGCUUGGGAGGUGGCCAUCCAAACUGGAGAUGACUUUGAUUCUAUUCAGAGGUACACAUUUGAGUUUGUGGUGGUGUGUAUUGGGAAAUAUGGUGAUACCCCAAAAAUUCCAAGUUUUCCUUCAAAUAAAGGGCCACAAGUAUUCAAAGGGAAAGUUUUACAUACUCUUGAUUAUUGCAAAUUAAACAAGGAAGAAGCUUCUUCCCUUCUUAAAGGAAAAAGUGUUGCAAUUGUUGGUUACAAGAAAUCUGCAAUAGACCUUGCUGUUGAAUGUGCUCAAGCUAACCAAGGAGAAGAUGGAAAAGCAUGCACAAUGGUGAUUAGAACUUUGCAUUGGACAGUUCCCCAUUACUCUAUUUGGGGUUUACCAUUUUAUUUAUUCUACUCCACUAGAUUUUCACAAUUUAUCUAUGAAAGGCCAGACCAAAACAUUCUCAGAACUUUAGCAUGUCUCCUUCUUUCCCCUAUGAAACAAGUGGUUACAAAAUUAAUAGAGAACUACUUGCUUUGGAGGCUUCCAUAUGAAAAAUAUGGUCUAAAACCAGAUCAUCCAUUUCUUGAAGAUUAUGCAAGUUGUCAAAUGGCAAUCUUGCCUGAAAAUUUCUUUGAUGAAGCUGAUGAAGGAAGAAUUAAGUUUAAGAAAGCUUCUAAAUGGUGGUUUUAUGAAAAUGGAAUCCAAUUUGAUGAUAAUACUAAGCUUGAGGCUGACAUAGUCAUUUGUGCCACUGGUUAUGAUGGAAAGAAGAAGCUAGAAGCCAUACUUCCUCAAUUUUUCUCUAGCUUCCUUGAUUAUAAUGGUGUAAUGCCAUUAUAUAGGAGCACUAUAAACCCUAUGAUACCGAACAUGGCCUUUGUAGGCUACAUUGAGACGGUAGCAAACCUUCAAACAGCCGAGUUACGGUGCAAAUGGCUAGCAAAUCUAGUGGACGACAAAUUUAAGCUCCCUAAUGUAGAAAAGAUGCUAGGGCAUAUUGAAAAUGAGGUUGAAGUUAUGAAGAAGACUACUAGAUUCUACAAAAGGCAAUGUAUUUCUACUUAUAGUAUUGAUCAUAAUGAUCAACUUUGUGAGGAGAUGGGAUGGAAUUCUUGGAGGAAGAAAAGUUGGUUUGAUGAAGCAUUUAGCCCUUAUACUAGUCAAGACUAUGACAAGGAUAAUUGAUCGAUCAAACUAAAACAAUACUUUCUCCGUUCUUGAUUACUUGCAGUUUUAGAGGGUGGAAAAUCAGUCAUUUUCAAAGUAUUUUUGUCUAUUUUACUCCAUUUGAAUGGCAGGUUAAACAACUAAAAGAGGUAUUAAUUGCAAAUAUUAUGAAAUGGAGGAAGCAUAUUACUGAGACAUGUUUAAUUAUUUGAAAGUUUUAAUUUGCUUGUCAUUAUUUAUUGUUAUCACUAAAUUUAGCAAUGGAUUUAGCUUAUAUAAGCUAAAUUUUUAGUGAUUUAGAAGCAAAAAAAUAAUUUGUAGGGCUAAAUUCUGUAUUAGAUUUAAUAAAUGUAUUAGGCAUUUUUCUUUAAAUUUUUUGGCAUACAAACAAGUAUUUUCUAGGCACAUGAUGUAAUAAUGUUUCAGUAUAAGCUAUAUUCAAUAUUUAUAGUU